AUGUUAAAAGUUUCCUGCACUUACAUGGAUUUAGAUGUGCCCCCAAUUGGAAUACCCCUUCAAACGCAGGUGUUGGACCUGAGUGGAAACAAAUUGUUGCCCGGCAGUCAGAUGAUCAUUGGAGGCCACGAUGUCUUCCUCCCCAUUCAGUCGAUAGAUGCCAGCCACAACAACAUCGUCUACCUACAUGAAGACACUUUUUCUAAACUUUCCAAUCUUCAAUGGAUUGAUUUAUCUCACAACCAUAUUGAAAUUAUCCACAAUAACUUAUUCAACAACUUGACCAGAGGAUUGAAAUGGUUGGACUUGUCCAACAAUCGAAUCGCCAGCUUGGCAGACGCUCGCUGGUUGAAUGGACUGCGCGGAAGUCUUAUUCAUUUUAAUUUAAGCCAGAAUAACGUACAUGUGGUCUCAAAAAGUACGAUAAAUUGGCUACCUGGCUUGUUGAGUUUUGAUAUUUCACGCAAUUCUCUAAAAUAUGUUGAUAAUGGAGCUUUGAAAAAUUUAAAAAUAUUAGAUUUAAGUUUCAACAAUUUCAACUCCAUUGCACCCUUCACCUUUGCAAACAGUUCAACUUUGAAAAUGCUGAACAUAAAUAACAAUGGAAAUUUGAAAGUAAUUAGAGAAUACUCUUUUGUGAAGAUGACAGCGUUGAAAGAGAUCAAUCUAAAUGACAACCAGCAGCUUCUCUACAUCGAUCACAAGGCUUUUAAAGAUCUUCCUCGUCUGCGCACCUUGAAUUUGAAGCGAUGUUUCUUGGUGACGUUGCAGGAUGGAAUCAUCAGGAACCUGCCUUCGUUAGUUUACUUAGAUCUCUCAGAAAAU